AUGGGGAACUUAUGGGCCCGCUUCAGACAUCGGGAUGUUCGUAUUAUUCUUUUAGGUUUGGAUUCUGCAGGCAAAACGACCAUCCUGUACCGGCUCAAACUGGAUGAUUUGGUAACCACGAUCCCUACUAUAGGCUUCAAUGUCGAAAGCAUCCAGUACAAAGAUCUCCACCUGACAGCCUGGGACAUCGGCAGCCGGGACAAGAUUCGGCCCCUUUUCCGCCAUUACUACAAAGGAGCAGACGCAGUGGUUUUUGUUAUUGACAGUCAUGAUCGCGAGCGAUUGGAUGAACUGAACUAUGAUGUCAUUAAACCAGCUGUCGGUGCAGAAGAACUGACCAAUGCUGUCUUCUUGUUCCUGGCCAACAAGAUGGAUCUGGCCGACACUAUGUCGAUUGAGGAGAUCUCAGAGAAGUUGAGUCUGAGGUUUCUGAAACAUCCCUGGGGUGACCAGGAUUCUGACAAUUCCAGUUCAUCCAGUAGUGGAAGACGAUCUAACCUUGAUUUAUUUUGUACUCCCACCAAAAAGUCUCAUUCCGAGAAACAUUCCAGGAAUAUUUCUAGAAAUUAUAACUCGGCCAUUAUUCCUCAAUCGGCCAGGGGAGCUUACUGUUCUAGAGCAUACAGUGCUAUUAAAUGUUUAUUCUUCCGACCGACAAAAGAAGAAAUGCAACAGGAAACGAACAGCAUAAGUAGUGAUGAUGACAAGGAGAAAGUAAAUGAUAAUGCAGACAACAUAGAUAAUAUUGCUGUGGCGGGUAAUGCUAUCUCGGUAGAGGUGUAUGAUGUGGGUGGUGAAAUUGUUGAUAAUCGUGAUAAGCCAACCUGGCAAGAUUGCUCUCUUCAUUAA